AUGCUCCAAUCCGACGCAGAUGACCUGGCAGCUGUCCUGGUGACACUUGCAGUAUCGUGUGUUGCCUAUCUUCGCAACUUUUUUGACGAAGCCCAUUUUGACGACAGUAAGGUGUUUGACGGAGCAGAUUCCCUUAACGUGAAAAUCCUCAAAAGGGGAAUCUCCCUUAGAGCAGAUUUACUCAACGACUGGAUGGACAACGUAAUUGCAGCAAUAGUCUCCAGACAAGUCACCGCUUUCUGUUUUUAUGUCAAGCCCGAUCCAGCCCAUAAUUCCUUUAUCGAGUCCUACUUUUUCGAGAUCGACUACACAAACAGAUCCCACCAGGACUAUAACUCUCAAUUGUAUCAUAUACUAAAAAGGCUGAUUGCAUUUGCCCAGAAUUUAAACGAACUGCCCCCAGAACGCUACUUAUCUCUCAGUCUCGUAUCCAACGACCAAACGUUUGCUCCUCCCCUAUUCCAGGCUUCCGACAGUCCGUGUUUGACAGGAAUUGACGAAUCCUUCGAGAUGGAGAACUGUGGCACAUUCAAGACCCAGAAGCACGUCAUCGUCCUCAGAGUGUUAGCAGGCAACGCAAAAGACGGGUGUUUCCCAAUGGAUCCACUGGCCUACACGGAUUUAGAGCCUUCGCAGACGGCGCUCGAGCUGAGAACCGCAGCGACCUCGCGAUACGGCGACACGCAGGACGACAUUCUUGGCGUCUCUUUCCAAACGCAAAGCUCGUCAACGUUGGAAAAACCGUCCUCAUCACUGGACACCACCUGCUACUCUGCAGAGUCGAAAUAA